ACUGAAGGACCCUUAAAAGAAUCUGUUUAUAAACACCCACUGCUUUACUGACGGGACCCUUAACUGUUCAAUCUACAGUGUAUAACUCUGAAUUCAAAUUACAAAAUUUUUAUGGGAGUGUCUCGUGAACUCCGUGUAAACAAAGUGAGAUAUACCCUCGAUAUCGGUAUAAUAUCAAUAUUCUGAGGAUAAUACGAAGUAAUAAACCUUAUCUUAACACACAAACAGCUCAGAUCAACACCACCCUAACUCUGUUACAUGUGAUUUAUACAUACCUCACUAAUGAAAGCGGGCCAUUAAGAAAGAAGUAUGGUGGGAAUGGACAGAUCUUCGCAUAUUUGGACUUCUGGAUUUUUACUUUUAUUUGUGAUAAAAUGUUCAAAUUGUCAAGAUUUUGUGACAAAUGCACCAAAACUGAGUGAUGGGACAACGCAGACCAGUGUUGUAAACGAAGCGGAAAAUUCAUCUUCAAUAGAUCCUUGCUCUAGCCUCUCUGGAUUCACUGUUAUCAUGGACGACGGAUAUCGGUCGGCGGGUUGUUAUCGUUCUCAGUCUCCUAACCUCUGUGAUAGCAAUCUAGAUGAGGGAUGGUAUCGUCUACAGGCGUCUGACGAGUCGUCGUUCCUUAAGAUCUACCAGUCAUGUCCAAAACAGGGCCGUUGUGGCACAGACGAACCCAUCUGGAUGAAUGGGUCUUUACCGUCAGAGGGAGAAGGUAUUGUCAAGAGGAAAAUGUGUGUGAGGACUGCAUUUGGUUGCUGCCAGCACUCUUUUGAUAUUCAAGUUAGGAACUGCUCCUCGUUCCUCACCUUCAAACUGAAACCUGCAUCCAAGUGUAACCGCAGAUACUGCUUCGAUGGAGGCGUUUGUGGUUUACCAUCUAUGAAUACUCCUUCCCCCACAACUACUCCAGGUAAUGUUUGUCUAAAUGGAACGUACCGAGAAUCAACCAACAAUGUUAGUGACGAUAAAAGAAAGAAUCCUUGCACACCCUGUUCUCCAGGCUUCUUCUGUGUGAAUGGAGAAAAGAGCAGGUGCCCUCCAGGCUACUAUUGUUCACCUGGAUCAUCAGAACCAAUUCCCUGUCCCACAGGCAGCUAUUGCCCUUCCGGUGGAAUUCACCCAAUUAAAUGCAAAGCCGGACAUUACAAUCCUACAAACACCAGCAGCAAUAGUUCUGACUGUUUGUCGUGUCCACCUGGAUUCUACUGCUUUCUUCCAGGCGGAGAUAGGCCGACAGGCCCCUGUCUUCCCGGAUUCUUUUGCUCGGGCGGAUCGACUACACCGACACCUGUUGAAGGAGUAAUGGGUGACAUGUGUCCAGCAGGAACAUAUUGCCCAAGAGGUUCACCAGAACCAAUUCCCUGUCCCUCUGGAUACUUUAAUCCUUACACCACCCGUGGAGAAUGUGAAGUUUGUCUAGGAAACCUUACAUGUCCUGUGGGAUCUCUUUACCCUUCGGAAUGCAAUCCUGAAAGGGAAAACAUCAGUAUUCUAUGUUCUGUAAACUAUGAAAAUACCACAAAUCCCUGCAUUAACAGCGAUGGAUCACAAAAAGCUGGUAUAUGUACGGACUGCCCAAAGGGAAAUUUAUGUAAGGAUGGAUUUAAUAUUACUUGUCCUGCGGGAUAUUUCUGUCCAAACGGAUCAAGUGUAUUCAUAUGCCCUGAAGGAUUUUACUGUCCAGAGGGACAAGUGUGGCCUCUUCCUUGUGAUAUUGGAACUUUUAAUCCUUAUUAUGGUAACUCUACAGGGAAGGCCUGUUUGAAAUGUUCUCCAGGUAUGUUUUGUUCUGGAAAAAAUCUCUCUGUUCCCACGGGACCUUGUUCAUCAGGAUUCUACUGUAAUAGAGGAGCAGUAUCACCCACUCCGUUGAAUGGCCGUGGGGGUGACAUUUGUCCAGCCGGACAUUAUUGUUUAGAGGGUACAGGAAUCUUUACACCCUGUCCCAGUAUGACUUACAAUCCUUCCAGAGGACAACCGAAUAAUCAGUCAUGUCUUCCAUGUCCAGAUGCAUACACGUGUAAUGGAAAAGGACUUAGUCUACCGAACGAAUGUAGUCCUAACAAUACGAACACUACUGAUGCUUUACUGAAUAAAAAUUGUACAAAACUAGCUGGGGAUUAUUGUAAAAAUGAUACAAUGUGUCUAAACAAUGGGCAAUGUAUCACUUACAACAAAACACGUGGUUUUUGCGACUGUUUGCCAAAUUUUGAUGGAAAUUUUUGCGAGAUCGAUACAACUCUGCUAUUCCUUGGAGAGAACUCCACAUUAACUUACGAGACAGUGGAGAACAUGGCAAUAGUCCUAGAAAUCGUGUUUGGAACGUCACACUUGGAAAGAAAGAUUGAGAUCACGUGGUAUAAGGACGACUUGAUGAUCAGAAACUCGUCUCGUGUUCAGCUUACACUGGAGGUAGUGGAAAGCUACUAUAGACUUUACAAAGCUAAACUAAGGAUCAAAUCUGCAAGGACAUAUGAUAACGGCACCCUGAACGUUGUUGCAGGUAUUCCUCAACUCGAUAUCAAUUUCUCAACGAAUCUGUCCCUGGCAGUUAGAAAGUUACCAAUAGUAAACAUCUCCCCGUUGUCAUUAAGUGUUCAGAGAGGAGCAACUAUAGUACUACAGUGCCGUGUCCAAAACCUAGAACAACCAAAUAUGACAGUCACAUUAGACUGGAUCAAAAGUGGAGAUUUCAGAUGGAGGGAGAGACAGCUGACAAAGAAUGGAUCUAUUCUAAGAGUUCCAAACGCCCAGAAGAAUCGGACAGGGAGAUAUAAAUGUUUAUUGACCUACAGCUUACUGGGUGUGAAUGGCACCAGUAGUGCUGUAUCAGAUGUGUUUGUCUACUCUCCAGAGGACCUUCGCUGCAUGAAGACUGUAGACGAACACGGGAUCCAGUGGGAGUUUGGGAUGAUAGGAGUCACAUACUAUGCUCUUUGUCCUGACGAUUACGUAGGAAAUGCAAGUAAACAGUGUAGAACUGAUGGGACUUGGGGGCGAACUGUAACAAUAAACUGUGUGGAAAAAACUCUGGCCAAGGCAAACGAGAAGCUGGACAAUAUCAUAACAGACAACAUUAUAGAUACAAGUUUUGUAUCAUCUGUUGUCGAGAGACAAAUGGCUGCAAUGCGUAACUUGACUACACAAAAGAAGGGUACUUCUGGGGAUGUGGAUAAAACAGUUGGCUUCCUUGACAAAAUUCUAAAAGUAACAGAAGCAGCAGAUGCCAAACUACCAGAUCAGGAUUUUGCAAAAGUUGUGGAUAACGUCUUGAGCGAAACGCAGAGUCAAAAUUGGAAAGAUAUCAACGAACAGACUAAAGAUGGAUCCUCUCGAAUAUUGUCAACUGUAGCAGAAUUUGGACAUCAGGUUUCCAAAGGACUGAAAAGUAGAGGAAACAAAACCAUUAAAGCGAAUAAUUAUCUAAUGUCAGUUGGUCGAGGAUCUUCGAGAGAGGCAGUGGAAUUUCCGGGAUCCAUAGCAACAGAAUCAUCCUCCUUGGUUUUACCCGUCCAAUCAGAACCAAAUAUAAACGAUAUUGUAUAUUCAGCAACUGUUUACCGUACGGUGUACACCUUCCUUCCGUCCAGAAAUAAAAUAUCAGGAAACGAAUCUACGAAAAGUUUCAAUUUAAACUCGGAUGUUUUGUCUAUGACCAUCAUGGAUGAAAGAGAAAGAAUUUCACUGAAUCCUGGAAUUAUGAUGAAUAUCAAUCAUAAAAGAGAAACUGAUCUUCAAGAGACAGACGUUGUAUGCGUGUUUUGGAAUUUCACUGUCGGUUCAUGGUCUUCAGAGGGUUGCAAUACAACAAGAGUAAACAAUCACGUGACCAAAUGUGAAUGUGACCAUUUGACAAACUUCGCUAUUUUGAUGCGUCCAUACGAGAAUGAAAAAGAAGAUGAUGUGUUGUCGUUGAUAUCUCUGAUUGGUUGUUCCAUUACUGUUGUUCUGUCAGCCAUUACAUUCUUCGUCUUUAUUAUAUUGUGGAGAUAUGUAAAGAACGAUCAGAAUCUAGUUCUGGUACAUCUAUGUCUCAGUAUUUCUCUGGCUUACCUCCUUUUCCUUGUCGGAAUAAACAGAACAGAAAACAAGGUGUUAUGUACAGUAAUUGCAGCUUUCCUUCAAUAUUUCUUCUUGGUGGAGUUCUUUCUUAUGCUGGCGAUGGGCGUCUACUAUUUCCUACAGAUUACCGUCCUAUAUUACUCAUUUAGCACUGCAAAUGAUGUUAAAGCCAGACUCAAUAUGAAGAGGAUAUUACCCAUCGCUUGGGUUAUUCCAAUUUUAAUAACAGGCAUCACAAUAGGAGCAACGUAUACCAGAGAAUACAACCAAAGUCAUUCAUGCUGGUUAUCUACAAAGAGUGGAUCUAUAUAUGGCUUUGUUGGUCCUGUUCUACUUAUCAUUUGUAUUAAUUUAUUUAUAAUAUGUUCCCUAUUUCGGGUGAUGUGUGCAACAAGGUUGUUAACCGAGUCAACGACAAAAAAGAAGGCAGCAACUGGUGCGCGGAGUUUGUGCACACUUCUACCCGUACUGGGUAUCACGUGGGUGUUUGGAAUUUUAUCUAUCAAUGAAGAUUUAAUUGUCUUCCAGUAUCUUUUUGCAGUAUUUAAUUCCCUACAGGGACUAUUUAUUUUUCUGCCAAACUGUGUAUUCAAUAAAAAGGUUAGAGAGGGCCUUCUUCAUAAGAUGCGGUUGUUUGAAUCACAGCAAGAAAAUAGUAAAAUACAGUCCAAAAAUUUAAAAAGAUUUUCAAAUGCACAGGAGAAUUUGAAAACAGUAAAGAAGGACAAAGAGAAAGUGGCAAAUAUUUCCAGAAGAGUUACUCCCCCAGUUCGACUUAUUAGAUAUACAAAGCAGUUAGAUUUCAUAGAUGGUGGAUAUGAUAAUGUCUGUUUUGAUGCCAUGUUACCUUCAGAAGAAACCCUGUCUCAGAGUACACCGAAAACAUCACAAACAAAUUUACAGUCAAAAUCGGAGGAAAAUGGAUUUUAUAAUGUUGAUUUAUAUGGCCAAGGUCAAUUGUAAAAGGAAGUGUCGUAAAAACCACGUUUGUGCCAAAGAGUGAUAGAAUGUCACAAACAUUUACAA